CUAGGAGCGAGCUGCAGGCAGCAGCGGAGGGGAGAAGGGCGCCCCUGGGCUAGCGUACGGCUAUGGCCCCGUGGCUGCAGCUCUGUUCCUUCUUCUUCACUGUCAACGCCUGCCUCAACGGCUCGCAGCUGGCAGUGGCUGCGGGUGGCUCGGGCCGCGCGAGGGGCGCCGACACCUGUGGCUGGAGGGGAGUGGGGCCGGCCAGCAGAAACAGCGGGCUGCACAACGUCACCUUCAGAUAUGACAACUGUACGACCUACUUGAAUCCAGUUGGGAAGCACAUGAUUGCUGAUGCCCAGAACAUCACAAUCAGCCAGUAUGCUUGCCAUGACCAAGUGGCGGUCACCAUUCUUUGGUCCCCAGGGGCCCUUGGCAUUGAACUCCUAAAAGGGUUCCGAGUGAUCCUGGAGGAGCUGAGGUCAGAGGGAAGGCAGUGCCAGCAGCUGACGCUAAAGGACCCGAAACAGCUCACCAAUAGCUUCAAAAGAACGGGAAUGGAAUCUCAGCCUUUCCUGAAUAUGAAAUUUGAAACGGAUUACUUUGUAAAGAUUGUCCCCUUUCCUUCCAUUAAAAAUGAAAGCAAUUACCAUCCUUUCUUCUUCAGAACCCGGGCCUGUGACCUAUUGUUACAGCCUGACAACAUGGCCUGCAAGCCCUUCUGGAAGCCUCGAAACCUGACUAUCACCCAGCACGGUUCAGACGUGCAAGUGUCCUUUGACCACGCGCCACAUAACUUUGGCUUCCGUGGCUUCUAUCUUCACUAUAAGCUCAAGCAUGAAGGCCCCUUCAGGCGGAGGACGUGCAAGCAGGACCAGAACACAGAGACAAGCAGCUGCCUCCUCCAAAAUGUUUCUCCAGGGGGUUAUGUCAUUGAGCUGGUGGACGAAAACAACACAACCAGGAAAGUGGUGCAGUACGCGGUAAGGCCAGUGCACUCUCCCUGGGCUGGACCCAUCAGAGCUGUGGCCAUCACUGUGCCUCUGGUUGUCAUCUCGGCCUUUGCUACGCUUUUCACUGUGAUGUGCAGAAAGAAACAACAAGAAAAUAUAUAUUCACAUUUAGAUGAAGAAAGCCCGGAGUCCUCCACAUACGCUGCGGCUCUCCCCAGAGACAGGCUCCGGCCACGGCCCAAGGUCUUCCUCUGUUACUCCAGUAAAGAUGGCCAGAGCCACAUGAAUGUGGUCCAGUGUUUUGCCUACUUCCUCCAGGAUUUCUGUGGCUGCGAGGUGGCUCUGGACCUGUGGGAAGAUCUCAGCCUCUGCAGAGAAGGGCAAAGAGAAUGGGUCAUUCAGAAGAUCCACGAGUCCCAGUUCAUCAUUGUCGUGUGCUCCAAAGGCAUGAAGUACUUUGUAGAUAAGAAGAACUACAAACACAAAGGAGGCAGUCGAGGCGCCGGCCAAGGAGAGCUCUUCCUUGUGGCUGUGGCUGCCAUUGCUGAGAGGCUCCGCCAGGCCAAGCAGAGUUCAUCUGCAGCACUGAGCAAGUUUAUCGCUGUCUACUUUGAUUAUUCCUGUGAAGGAGAUGUCCCCUGUGUUCUGGACCUGAGCACCAAAUACAAGCUCAUGGACAACCUUCCUGAGCUGUGUUCCCAUCUGCACUCAGGAGAGCACGGCCCUCAGGGGCUGGGUCAGCACCCGGCACAUAGCAGUAGAAGGAACUACUUCCGGAGCAAGUCCGGCCGCUCCUUGUAUGUUGCUAUUUGCAACAUGCACCAGUUUAUUGAUGAGGAGCCUGAUUGGUUCGAGAAGCAGUUUAUACCCUUCCAUCCUCCCCCUGUGCGCUACCAGGAGCCAGUCCUGGAGAAGUUUGACUCGGGUUUGGUUUUAAAUGAUGUCAUAACCAAACCAGGGCCAGAGAGUGACUUCUGUCUAAAAGCUGAGGCUUCUACACUUGGGGCCCCUAGGCUAGCUGACUCAUACUCAUACCUGGAAAAUCAGCAUACAAGCCUGGACCAGGAUACUGAGGCCCAUCCCAUCUGUGAGAGUGGCCCUGCCUUGCCCCUGUUGCAUGCGGUGAAAGCUGGCCUCCCCUCAGAUAUGCCACGGGACUCAGGCAUAUAUGAUUCCUCUGUGCCUUCAUCAGAGUUGUCUCUGCCUCUGAUAGAAGGACUCUCCCCUGACCAGAUUGAAACAUCUUCCCUGACCGAGAGCGUAUCUUCCUCCUCUGGCCUCGGUGAGGAGGAUCUCCCUACCCUCCCUUCCAAGCUCCUCGCCUCUGAGGUGUGCAAAGAAGAACAUGGUCGCCACAGCUAUACUGAUGAACCCCAAGUGGUUGCCCCUUUGUGAGGACAUGGGAGCAUCUAAGUAUCGCCACUUUAACUGCUGCUGACUGGGUUUCCCAGCUCACCUCUGUGUUGCGCAGCCUACCUGGGGCUGAGGGCUCACACAAGGAUAUCUGGAAUGAAAUUCUGGCCAAUACUCCAUCCUUCCUGCUCCAGCCUUCUAAUAGAUAUUUAGCAGAGUCUCUGAUUUCCCAAAAGCAUAUGGAGCUCUCCAAGGCAUGUCCAUUAGAUCAGGCGGCAGCCGGCUAUGUGAUGCCAUUCCUUGGAUUGGAGCCUUUCCUGGGAGGCAGAGAGAAGCAGGAGGGACCAACACUGCUUGUUCUGACUCCACUGACCUCUGCAAACUUUACCUGGCCCUUUCGGCUACUUUGAUUCAAACUGUUUUGUGGAAACAGCACUUUGAACAUCAGUACAGCUACACAUCAGGUGCUGUCUGGGACCCAGAUUAUGCUGCGAGUGAUGUUUCCAUCCAUUUCGGAUGUGGAACUUACACUGUCUUGAGUGUUAGGUAACUCUGAGUCAAAGGUCUAGACAAUGACUGAAUGUCCAUCCAGUCUCUUUUUAUGAAACGACUUUCUCUUAUAUUACUGGGAACCGUGGCUGACCAGGAUGGAAUCCAUGGAGCAGGCUGAUCCUCUUGACUGCCGUAUGGGAAGAAGAUGCCAGCACCUGGAUGUCUUCCCUGGAUCUAAGGAGCCAGCAUGUGGGGACCACAGGCGUCUGUUUAGUUUCCCUGGGUUACAAUUACUGCUCUGUAGCUCGGGUGAUGAUGCGUGGAGAUAAGGACUAUUACACAGCUGGACAGCAUUAUUGGAAGCUGUGGUUUGUACUUUGGCUGUGGUGCUCUGGGUCCUGAAUGUUAGAGGUCAGAAUCUAUUAAAAUACAACAGUGUGUGGGAGGUGGUGACCAGUUAAUCUGCUGAUAUGGUUUUGACUAGUGACAAACCUCCUUUUUAGAAAGCAGAAAGGAGGGGAUUGUUACAAAAGUAAAUGCUCUAUUUUUAUGAAUGACUCUUGUACAGAAGUUCUGUUCCCAAAGGCAAAACAUCUCUUCACAUGCUGUUCAUUAAGUAAUUAGACGUAUAUAAUGACACGUCCGUCUCAUCCUCUCGCCCUGGCGCAUUUGGUGUGAGCAUCCUUCUCCACUGUAAUCAUGAGUGCUGUUGGAUUUUGGCAGGCUGUUUUCCUUCUCAGCAUUCUACUGGGAACUGUGAAGGGUUCUCCCAUUCUUUAACCAGAUAGGAUCAACAUUAAGGAGGAUGCUGAGAAAGAUCCCAAGGUGGGGUGGAGGAGAGGCAGGCUUUUCCCUUCUAGGCACAUGUUGAGCAAGAAGGGAAGGAAGCCUCAGCUCCUACAGCAGUUUGUGUGUGUGUGUUGGAUGAAAGUUUCCUCCCUGCAGCUGGCAGCUUCUCAGGAGAGAACAGAGCAGCUGCUCUGGGCAAGCUGUGAGACAAUCUCACUGUAAAACUGAGCCUCUUAGCAGCUGAGUUUGUUCCAUAUUGUCGCUGUGGAAUCCAGACCCAGCAGACAGAGCUCCCACCUCCAUGAGACUCUCCUGGCCGUUCUCAGACUUGGCAUUCAUUCUCUGAAGGAGAUCAGUGGGCCUAAAUUGCUAACGUGUGACCAUUCACUGGGAACAUCAUCAGAGGUUUUUUUUUCCCCUUUUUAAGCUGAGGCCAAGAAAUAUUUUAGCCCCCCUCCAAGGAGACUCCCGAAAGAAACCACUUUUAGGAGAGAUACUCCAUUUUGCAUAUGAGAUGUGGGACCCCUGAGAGUGCCUAGGGCCAGCAUGGGGCCUUGGGCUUCGGGCUAAGCAAGGCCCAGGCAGAGAGCUCACGGCAUGGAUUCAAGUGAGGAAACUAAAAGGAAACCAUCUGAGCCUUCUAAUAUGCCAAUCUAAAAAGUCAAGAUCAUCAGGUGAUGUUUCAGUUUGGAGUUAGUGCUGGAUGCUUUUAUUUUGAAAUAGGAAUGUUUCUGAUCAGAAGACUCAGAUGCUAACAUGCCAAGUGAUGAAACUACAGUAAGGUUGCUUAACUCAGGAUGAGCAGAUAGUGGGUAAUAAAGUGAAAUUUGAUUAGUCAGCCCCUGUCCCCCUCCCUCUCAUCAUUCGAGCUAGGAAUGAGAAUUGCCCUGCAGAUUAAGGCAAAGUGUCUGUUCUGAACAGAGCUGCAGUUUUUGACUCAAAAUUGUCCCACGCGGUAGAGAUGGUAAGAUGGAAAGAUGGGAUUAGAGAAAGGUUCUGACAAGCCACAGGCUUUUUGAUGCUGUAGGGAAACAAGAGGAGGUUGGGUCUGUGAGUGAACAGUAUGUGGAUGAAGAGAGAGUGUCCACUGGGAAGGAGGCUGGGGUAAGACCAGGGCACCAGGAAGCCCGGAAUGAUGAGGUAGAUGUUGACCUGUGUCUGUGGGUGUCCCACAAGUGCAUCUGAUGCUGAGAAGCCUAGCUAAGGGGGGUAGGGGAGGGUGUUCUUUGAACAGUUGAUGGCAAGUAACAGGAACUACCUCAAUGGGCCCCACCCAGCUACAUGUGUGCAGAGGCUUUGGGCUUUGGGGUACAUGGAUUUCUAGAAUGAAUCAGAAGUCUCCUUGACCAGGCCUAGGGAUUCAGAUGGGACCUAGGCAGGUAAUAGAAUUUUGAGUCUCAAAGUUAUGGUCUGAAGUUUUGGAUUGGCAGACAGGUGCUAACUGAAGUCAGCCCUGGGUCAGAAGCUGAAAGCUAUCUUCAGUGAUCAUGAGAUCAUUGGAUGCAUUGCAUGCAGAAAGUUAGGGGUUCAAGUUUGAGUCUGAUUGAAGCUCAGACUUACCUCUUCAUAGUCACGUGAUUUUUUUUUUUUUGUUACUGGUUUUCUUGACCACUUCUACUCUUAGGUCCUCUGACCUUUAUGUAAGUAACUAAAUAGGGAACUGUCCCCUCCAGACUAUGGGAUUGCAGGGUUGUGGGAGCUUUUCAGAAGGAAUAGGGAAGCUAUUUUAUUCAUGAGGGAGAAAGAAAGGAAAACACAAAAUCAUCAGCUACCUCAACACAAGAAAGAACAUUCUGCCUUUAUUGGGAAAAGGUAGACCACGCCAAGGUGAAGGUUUCUCAUCUUUUUCUUUUAUCUUCCAUUGUUGGAGAUGGUUGCUCAUAGUUGGCAGAGUCUGCUUUCUGGGGCACCAGUGUCCUCGGGCAUAAAAAAAAACCUGGCAGUGACACACCAGAGGCUCACAGAGACAACAGGACAUGGUAGCACCUGGAGCAAACUGUGGCACCCCUGUGCAGCCUUCAGGAGCAGGGAACAUUCCAGAUGAGUGUGUCUAUGCAGCGUUUCCUGCUUUCCCCAGUUUUAAAGAAAAGCUGAGAAUUUCUGAUUUUUAAGCUAUUAAUGUCUAGUGCUGGCAAGCCCAACAACCCAAGUUCAGUCCCAUGACCCACCCUCUCCUAAAAGUUGUGUUCCUUCACUUCCUCAUACUGGCUGUGGCACUCACAGAUACCCAUGUCAUGCGCUUGUGUGUAUAUGUAUGUGUGUGCACACACUAAGUUAAAAAAACAAACUAAACAUUGGCAAUUAAACUUUAGAAACUACUAAAGUGAAUUCAGGACCAACAGAACAUGUAGCUGGAUCUGAUUUUGCAUGGUGGCUGCCAGGUUGUGACUUCUGCUUUGUAAGGUGUGAAAUAAACCUUCCAUAGUAAUCACAAAUGUAUGGGGCCCCAGGAAAAGCUGCUGCUAGCCCUCUCCUUCAGGAAACUUGAUAUGAUCCUGAUGGUUUUGCUUCUCAUGUAGCCCAGGCUGGCCUUGAACCUCUGAUGCCUCUCUGGCAUGCACCAUACACCACAGCCUCAAUAUGAUUCUGAAUGCAUCUGAAAUGUUUUGAUUGUGUCUUUACAUUUCAUGUCUCAAGAGAAAGGCAGCUCAGCUGUUAAUUUCAAAUUCAGAUUUAUACUGUCCUGUAUUUACAGUUGCAUUUGAACUCCUGAACUUUGGGGUCUUAUUUAUAGUUCAGCUCUAGUUGUAAUCAUGUAUUUAUGUGGGGGGCAGUUCUGAGCUUAUGCCAACAUACUGUUAGGGGAAAUUUAUUUGGGGGGUACAGCACAGUGCCCCAAUACUGGGUUUUGGCGUCAUCUUUUUUUCUACAGCCUAGGACUGUUUUGGAGGUGUAAUAAAGGAAAUGGAGAGAAGCAUUUCCUGUUGUCCCCAUGGGUGUUUGGUCACCCUGGUCAAAUCACCACUUUUCCAGAUCCAAGGGUGAAAGUUAGCCGAAGGAAGGCUGGCUGGCUGUAAGCGGUUGGCUUUGGUUCCAGUUUCAGAAUUUGAGGGCUAGGAGAGGCUUAGAUCACCCAGCAUGUUCCCUCGGUGCACUCAAGACAGGCUGUGCUUGAGUUGUUCCAGACACAAGGCUGUAGCCCAGAGUCUGGCUCCUUAGCGAAGGAGAUUCUGUAACCUCCCCGCUGAUCAGAUGGUUCUCUGUAUGUCUUUGUUGCAGAAAUUCAAGCCAGCUUUCUUUUGUCUAGGGUGUAGAGGAGAAAGAACAGCUGGUCACCUUCCCAGUAUUGAAAACCACAGUGAAGUCAUCCCCUGUUGUUUUUUUAGUAGUAAAUAAUCCCACCCACUUAACGUCUUUCGAGGCUCUUGUUCUCCAGGGGUUUAAUGAUUUCCUCCAUUCCUGCACUUCUCAGCUCUUCUCAGCUUCAUACUCAGUUACCCAGACAACACCGGUGCCUUGUUCACAUGGGGCCAUUUGACAGCCAUGCCCCAGUUAGGGUUACAGGGAAGUUUGUGCGCGCCUGGGUGCUCUCACCACAUAAAAAAAUAUGGCACUUUAAAACACUGUCAUAUCACUGAUAGGCGUUCGGAGAGUUAUGACCGCCUCUUCUGGUCUCUUGGUGAUAGUCCUGGAUCCUGUGGUAUAGCUUCUUUUCUCCCAUGGGCAAACACUUGGUGCUCAUUCCUGAUGUAGUUAACAUCUUCUUUUAAUCUGAAGACACCCUUCAAGGCCAGCUCUUACCUUCAGAGUGGCAGCUUUGGGUUCUGUUUUUUACCCAUCUCUAGACUUGACCUUUAUUUUGUGAAUCAUAUCAUUGUUUAAAUGGUGCACACUUCAGCAGAAGAACUGGCAAGGUCCGGGGGAGGGCGUUGCUAAGUGCCACCUUCCCAUUGCUGUUAGGGACUAAUUUACAAAUCCUUUUGAAAGCCUCAGGGAGAGCCUCUGGGGAAUUUUGGCCAAUUGUUUUCUUUCCUGCCCUUUGGGUCAUCUUUGAUAUUCACCUGGGACCAUAGAUACCAAGGCUGUAUGUCUCAGUUGAGUAGGCAUAGUAGUUGAUACAAUGUAGCAAUUGCAGUAGUUGAUACAGACAGAAGCAAUCGUUCCAGCUGCACAGCUAAUAUUUAUAUUGCAUAGAAUCCAGCAGAGUCAAGGAGCAGCCUCCCGUGGCUGCCACUGAGUUAUAUGCAAUGUGCUCAUCUGUUAUUUUAAAAAAAAAAAAAUUCUCUUCCUCUCAAAAAGAAGCAUAUCAAGUUUGGACAGCAGCAAAACUUCUGUACAAAUCCAAAGUGUUCAUUUUGAGUCUAACAUUAAUUUUCGUUAUCUGUAUAAAGAGCAAAUAUUUUUACUGUGGAAGCUCCCAUGUUAAGAAGGAAGGCCUUCGGGCACAGUGAUGACUGAUGACAUUGUUUUGUUUUAUAUUUUAAGUUUUUUCUUUGUGAGGUUUGGCAGAAUAGUGAGCACGGGCAGUCUGUAGCAGUGUGCCAUAUUUUUACAUUGGAGAUAUUGGUGGUGUAUUUGUAUAAAACUAUACAUAGAUGGUAGUCAUGGCUGACAUAUGUAAGAUGUUUUUGUGCCUUAGAAUUUCUGCAUCAA